AUGAGUUGUAGUUCAAAGGGAGUUUGCAUUUUGUCAUCACUAGUCACCAUUUGUUGGAGAGAAGAGAAUCAAGAGAUGGUUCGACCAAUUAGGUCAAGAAUAAGUUCACUUCUCUGUGCAAAGGCACCUUUAGUAGCCUCACAUGUCUAUGAAUCAUGGUGUUGCUCACGUUUCUCUGGUCGAACCAGCUCCUCCUUUAUGAGGCCUUGGCCAAAAUUUAUGGAUUGGAUACAGAUGAACAGUUGUCGUGCAGCAGCAUCAUUGCCUUUGAUCAAAGAGAAACAGCCAGAGGGUCCUAGUUACUGUGCCAGACUGGAUCGAGAAAACAAAGGUCUUGAUGAAGGGAAUAUGAGUGAAACUGAUGAUUAUCAAAAUUUGUUUGGCUUAAUGAAACAGAGGUUUAUGAGUUUCAAGAACCAGAAAUACAUAAAAGAGUUGGAGCAUUUUCAAGCUCUUGAAGAAGCUCAAUCUCCAAAGUUUAUGGUAAUUGCUUGUGCAGACUCUAGGGUAUGCCCCUCUAACAUAUUAGGAUUCCAACCUGGAGAAGCCUUUAUGAUACGUAACAUUGCCAAUCUUGUACCUCCGAUGAAGAAUGGACCAUCAGAAUGUAAUGCUGCUCUUCAGUUUGCAGUAACUACUCUUCAGGUUGAGAAUAUAUUGGUCAUUGGUCAUAGUAGCUGUGCUGGAAUUGAAGCUUUGAUGAAUAUGCAAGAAGAUGUAGAAUCAAGGAACUUCAUACACAAGUGGGUUGCCAGUGGAAAACUUGCCAAACUGAAGACAAAAGCUGUCACAGCUCAUCUUAGCUUUGAUCAGCAAUGCAAAUUCUGUGAGAAGGAAUCUAUUAACCAAUCAUUACUGAACUUGCUCAGUUAUCCGUGGAUAGAAGAUAGAGUGAGAAGAGAGUUGCUUUCUCUUCAUGGAGGAUAUUAUAAUUUCUCCAAUUGCUCUUUUGAGAAAUGGACCCUUGAUUUUAAAAGAUGCAAUGUUAAAGAAGAAGGGAGCAGUUAUGUGGUGAAAGAACAAGAUUUCUGGUGCUGA